GUUACGAAUUGUCUAAUUUUAAAGUGAUAUAAACCAUUAUUAUUCAGUGGAUUUUAAAUGUAUUGCAUUUGUGAUCAAACAGUUUAUGCAUACUAAGGCUAGAAACAAGUCAAGAAACUAGUUUAAGUUAUUCUCACUUGAUAAUAGAACUGACUCGGGAAAAAGACCGGAAUCAUUUGAUUUGAAGAACAAAGUAUAUUUAUGUCGUUUACCAUUUCUGACUUGAGUACACCAAAGUCAAAUCAGUCAAUUUUCGAAAUCUAAGAGUAGGUCUGUCGCGAUACUUUCAUAUAACCAUACAUCAAGUAUGGCGAUAAGUUUAUGCUUCGCUGCAAGAUAAAACAAUUGAAAUUGGAAUAGUAUAUAUUGAUGGCACCAUUGGUUUUGAAAUUGAUAAGAAAUGUUUCACUUGUUGCAGCCGUUCUUCUCACUGUUUACGUCGUUUAUAUCCCGAGGGAAGAAAUACCAGAAAGUCAAAACGACGACACCUUGCCAAUAUUCUCACAAGAUGCGAUGCACCUCGUAGUUGUUGCAUGUAAAGGAAGCAAACAAAUCGUUCAAGAAACGUUGACGAUGCUAAAAAGUGCCGUCGUCUUUGCGCAAACUCAAGUUGAAGUUCAUUUAUUUACGGAUGAAUUAAAACAAAAUAUUGAUAACGAGCUUUCAAAAUGGCCACGCAAGACAAAGAACAAGAUUAAUAUUCAUUUUUAUCCAGUAAAGUAUCCUCUCAAUCCUGAUGAAGUUUCUCUUCUGAAAAAUUGGUGGGGACCUUGUGCUUCCUUUCGAUUAUUUUUACCGGAGAUUCUUUACAACGUUGACUCGGUCAUCUACGUUGAUACUGACGUUAUAUUUUUAAGUGCAAUCGAUGAUCUUUGGAACCAAAUGAAAUUCUUUAAAGACGAGCAAGUUGGAGCACUCGCACCCAGAGUUGGAUGGGAUUUCAUGGUUCCUUCUUCAAAUCCGAACUUUAUAUUGACGCCCGAGGGGAAAUUAACCCAAGUUAAUUCAGGGGUUUUUCUGAUGAAUCUCACUCGUAUGCGGGAAAGAAGAUUUAACACAGAUCCGUCGAUUUCUGGUGAUACAUUUUCGUGGAAUCAGGAUUUACUAUUACCUCUUUAUCACAAAUAUAAAGCAGAAAUGAACGGAGAUCAGAAUCUCAUCAAUAUACUAUUUCAUUAUAAUCCUGAUCUCUUAUAUUACCUGCCAUGUAAAUUUAACUAUCAUCACAAGUUUUGCUUCAAGAAUGAUCGUCCAGGACGAUCAUGUCUUUCUGCCGAAACAGAAGGAGCUUUUGUAAUUCAUGGAAGUGCAAACACAUAUUACAAUAAUUAUUCACCUGCAUUUGGUGCGAUAAACAAUGCGUUUAGACAGUAUAAUUUUGAAAAUGAUUUAACGUCGAGUUUACUUCAACCAAUGAUAAACAACCUACAGCAACCAGAAGUUGAGAAUCAUGAACACUGUGGAGGCAAAACUGAAUUAUUUACAAAACAUAUUCGAAACAUCAUUGAAAGAACAAAGCUAAGCUGAUAUCAGUAAGAUAAAUCGGUCCUCCCGAAGUAUGCGCACCAAGUUGGCAGCAAAGUUGUCAACGAUAUCAUCAUUUCAAAAACGAAAAUUUCGAAACAGCAGUGAAAAGAACGUAUUUUUCUUGGUUGGAAAUGUGAAUUAAAAUGUUUGAUACUUAGAUUUUUUACGAUUGUAAAUUUAUUUACUAAUAACUUUGCGUUGUAUCAGGCCAAGAAUUUUCGUAAACUACAGUUUUUUUGUCAUUUUAUAUUCUUCUUUUGUGAUAUAUUUAACUUGGUUUUAUACCUGAAUUUUGUACCAACUUCCUAUAUCUUGUUUCAUUUAUUUUGAUUGAAAAUAUUUGUCUAUUUUAAAUUACACUUCAACUCAAAAUCGAUUGAUAAAAUUCGAAUGAUGCACUACAGCUAAUGAUUGGCAGACAGACAGUGUAGUUUAUAAUAUCAGUCAAACCAAAUUCUUGUUGAAAGCACCACAGGCUGACCAGCUUCAAGUAGAUAUAUUGCAAGUGUUUCUCUCUUAUUGUCUACGAAAUAUAUAAUCUUCUUAUUUUCUA